AUGACUCAACUAUCGUCACUAACACUUCGUACGAAAAUAGGCAACUUCGAUGACACGACGGCUCAGAACGCUUUUGAACAAGUCACUGUCAUACUUGCAAACGAGUUGAAAGUAAACAACACUCUCACAAAACUUGAUCUAGAAGGGAACCGAUUAUCCGACAGAGGAGGUGAAGGACUGGUGGAAGCACUAAAACUGAACAACACUCUCACUCAAAUUGAUCUUGCAAAGAACGAAAUGCGCGACAGAGGUGGUGAAGCACUGGCAGAAGCACUGAAGCUAAAUAACUCUGUGAUUGAACUUGAUUUUCAAGGGAAUGAUGUGCGUGACAGAGGUAGUGAAGCACUGGCAGAAGCGCUAAAAGUAAACCACACUCUCACUCACCUUGAUCUUAGAUGGAACCAAAUAUCCGAGAAAGGAGCUAAAGCACUGGCAAAAGCACUUAAAAUAAACCACACUCUGAUCCAUCUUGAUCUUGAAGGGAAGCAAAUACCUGAGAGAAGAGCUGAAGCACUGAAAGUAAGCAACACUAUUACUCAACUUGAUCUUCAAGAGAACGGCAUGCGUGACAGAGGUGGUGAAGCACCGGCAGAACCACUAAAGGAACAACCACUAGCAUCGAUUACAAGACUACGAGAUGAUAUGGGAGCUGCAACUCCAAAACUUCGAAAAAAUAAAGUCCUAACAGAUGAAUGUCUAAUGAAAUUAUGGCAACGUUAUGAUGACGAUCGUAUUGACAUUCCAGCGUUCUUGAAAGCUGCCAGUGUGAGAUAUUUCAACGUCUAUCAAAAAGCCAUCUUUUUUCGUUUUUACUGUUAUUUGUACAUAUUAUUUUGAUAAUUUUUUUCUAAUAAUAUAUUGGUCGUCGCAAUGAAUAUUCAUUUGCUCAUUCAUUGGUUUUCGUCCAAAUAAUCAGUGGAAAGAAAAUGCCCAUAUAAGAAAGUGGCGAAUUGUAGACUUGUCUGAAUAUCACGAUUCUUAACAUCGCUAAGCAUUACUUUUACAAUAGUUCCUUCCCUUUCCUUUGUAUGUCUUUUCAGACGUUCAACUUUUUCGAACUAGAAGCCAGCUGCUUUCAAUGCAACUGCAAUUUCUGUUGUUGUUAUCUCUACAUCGACUUGUCUUAACAAAAGUCUCUUUAUCGGUGUCGAGGACUUUCUGUAUUGUACGUACGAUAAAAACUUUAACAUCAUUUGCAUUAUCAAGUUGUUCUUUUACUAAAUCCAGUAAUAUUCUACUGUAACUUUACGUAUCGCUUGCGUAUAUCAUGACUUUACCGUUUUUAUUUGCCUUAAUUUUACAUCUGGCAUGCGUGAUUUAAUGAAUUUAUUCAAUUGAAAUCGUGUUAUUUUCACACCUUGUAAAACUAAUGAUACUAAUUUCAGUGGUGAUCUCGUUGGUAGUUGUUUUUAUUCCUUUUUAGGGCGAAGCGUGGUCAUCGGCUUAAGUUAAUUCUUUCAGAACUGUCCUACAUUUACAUGAAGCUUUGCCGCAAAAAUCGCGACGUAUCUCAUUUGAAAGAGCAUUAAAUUCUGAAUAAGAAUGCUUUAUUUAAAAAAAUUUAAGCAUUGGCAUGAGGUUCUGAUAAGGUCCGAUAUUUGAGGAUUUUAUAGGUUCCAAGACGCAAUUCGUACCUAAUUGUCUCAGAAAUGACAAAAACGGCAAACAUGAACGUUUUACGACAUAGACUAGAGACCACAAGGAAUAAAAUGACUCACUUAAAAAAAGUUCAAAAUGCUGCAUUGCUCUACUGUACUUGGUCUAAGAUGGUGAAAAUCAUGAAAAUCCGUCAUAUUGAAAUGGGUUUUUCACCAUCGAAUCGAACUCUAAACUCAGAAGUAAUAUGUGCAUCAGAUUCCUCGUGGUCAAUUCUAUCUAGAAAUAUGAUUUUUUGUUUUCCUUUUGUUUUGUAAGCCUGCUGAGAGCCACCUUUCACCAGCAUUACGUCACUUAUUUGAUUUUUGAUGGUUCCCCAAGCUAUUUUUAAGUAUGUUUUCCUCAUUUUGUUGAUCCCAAUGCACAUUUUCCGACUCUACCCCUUUUGAAACAUAUGAAUCAACUGAGAUCCCAAUACCUUAUCUUCGGUUUCUGAGAUAUAGGUCAUUGAAAUCUCGGUUUCUCUAGAAAACCUACUAACUGUAAGGUACAUCGAAAUUCUUUUAAACAUACCAUUAGACAGAACGUUCAUUUCUCUACAAAAUGACAUAUCUUCCAUGUUUACAUAGCUGAGGAAAAUGAAAUCGCAUCAAAAACUCGAAAAGAGCUGAUUAACGGCUGAAAGAUGCGUAAUUUCACUGAUAUUGUUGUACAAGAAUUCUGUAUUGACUUCAACUUCGUCAUUCUUUAACUUAGAAGCGUAGAAAAUAUGUCAUUUUGUAGAGAAAUGAACGUUCUGUCUAAUGGUAGAACUUUUCAAAGAUCUAUAUCUCAGAAACCGAAGAUAAGGU